UCCCUGUGAUUUGACAGCCAUGAGCGACCUGGACAUCGUGAAGAGUUUCGAAGACCACGGUGUGGUGCCCGAUGUCGUCCCUGAAGCUCCCUCGAAUCUUGUCAAGGUGUCGUACGGCAAUGGCAAAGUCGUCAGCUUGGGCGACAUCCUCACCCCGACCCAGGUGAAAGACGAGCCCGUGCUGAUCACGUGGUCAGCUGAAAGUGAUGUCCUCUACACGCUCAUAAUGACGGACCCCGACGCACCGUCCAGAGCGAACCCGACCCUAGGAGAAGUCAAGCACUGGCUCGUGAUUAACAUUCCGGGCUCGGACGUUGAGAAGGGUGUCGAGAUAGCGGCUUAUCGUGGAUCCGGACCGCCGAAAGGAACGGGUCUCCACCGAUAUGUUUUCCUCGUCUUCAAGCAAAAACAAGCUCUGCAGCUCGACGAGCCUCGCGUGCCUCGGUUUUCGAGGGAGGGCCGUCUCAAUUGGAGCGCUCGGAAGUUCGCCGAAAAACACUCGCUAGAGUUGGUCGCCGGGAACUUCUAUCAAGCAGAAUGGGAUGAAUACGUGGACACUAUCCCGAGAUCUUGAAUAAAUGUGACUACGAACU